AUGUCGACUCCCAUACUACCCUCCAAAUCCCUCCCCAACUCUACCACGCCUCAGACCAAACCCUCCAAGCCUAUAGUAACCGCCCCGCGGAUCGACAUAGAACCUAUAUACACUGCGCUUCAAUCUGCGCUCGGAGCGCACGAUUGGGCUCUCUAUAAAGAAGCAAUCAGCUUGUUCGUCUUAGGAUCCCUCAACCAGGACGAACUCUCGAGGCGGACUCCGUUUAUAGGUGUCAACGCACAACGAGUGCACCUCCACAAUCAAUUCAUAGCUGCUGUAUACGGCAAUGCUGGACGCGAUCCUCCCGAACCAGGUGUUGCCAAUUGGGUAUCUGCAAAUGAUAAACCUACACUGGUCGCGAAGCCAACAUCGGGAGAUGGAGCCGAACAACGAUUAAAAACGGAGGUCAUGGCCUUAACUGGUAGAGAAAGACGGAGGCUGAAACAGAUCCAAGAGGACCCAUUUGACAUGUUCACACGCACAAUGGACGAGUAUCAUCAAGCUCGGAAUCUGCGGCUACCAGAUGCUACUGCGAUUUCCGCUGGCGGGUUCGCAAGUAAAACAAACUGGGAGCCAGAGAUCCGAAAACGAUACAACCAACCACUCUUCGUCGAAACAAACGAAUUUCCCGAUCCUGAAACUGUCCAAGCGCGGAUGGUUCCCAUAUGUUACGAAGAAGGUCUCACCAAUGGAGCGGCAGCAGGGGCAGCGGAAUUUGUGAGCCUCGCGGCCGAGUUCUACAUCAAGGAGGCACUUUCAUCGUUCAUCGGACGGGUAGCGACUAACGGCGAGAAUUUUGUGAGAACAGGCACAUUCAAGCGCCAACUAGAGAAAGAGGAGGAUAUGUGGAUGAGAGGUGAAAUUCAAAAGAAUGCUGUGGGCCUGCUUCCCGCCGAAGUCGAAGCGAAUCACCAGCGUAAGCCGCUCAACAUGAGUGACCUCAAGAUUGCAGUACAACUUGGUGACCCAUAUCUUGGGGCCGUGCCGCUCCUCGCCGGCCAGAUAAUGGCUAGUGGUUGGGCAGAUCCUGAGGAGCAGAAGGCUGACGAAAGAACUGCACAAAGGGCUGAGCGAGUAGCACAAGCUCCCAAGGCUACUAUCAACAACCAUUUGACAAAUGGUGAUGCCAUGGAUAUUGACGAGCAAGCACAGGACUUUGGGUGGCAGGGUGCGGCAAGCGUCGAUCAGAACGCGUUGCACUCUGCACUUGACGACAUCCUGGCUAUCGGCGACUGA